AUGGGAUCCAAACCCGAACUCACAGAGGACCAGAAACAAGAAAUUAGAGAGGCAUUUGAUCUCUUUGAUACAGAUGGAACCAGGACAAUAGAUGUUAAGGAGAUCAAUGUGGCCAUGAGAGCUCUGGGCUUCGAACCCAAGAAAGAAGAGAUCAAAAAAAUAUCUGACAUUGACAAGGAAGGGACAGGGAAAAUCAAUUUCAAUGACUUCUUGGCUGUGAUGACUCAAAAAAUGGCUGAAAAGGAUACCAAAGAAGAAAUUCUGAAGGCUUUCAGAUUCUUCAAUGAUGAUGAAACUGGAAAAAUCUCCUUCAAGAACUUAAAACGUGUGGCCAGAGAGCUAGGGGAAAAUCUCACUGAUGAGGAACUAUAG